ACAUACUUAAAUACCCAAAAGAUAUAUAUUUAACAUGCUUCACGCUCGCCUAAAGUUCUAAAAGUCAAGUGCAAUUUGAGCAAAAACAGCAACAACUCUAUACGCUCAAGUGACGUUUUAUUGGCGCAAGGUGAACGAAAAAAUAAAUAGCAAGCCAAAGCAACAACGGAAAAUACACGAAAAUACACAAAACCUUAAACGGCAAGUUCACAAUGUUAGGAAAAGCAAACCCUAAGUGCGCAACAAAAUAGAAACACUAAGCAAAUAAAUUGGAUUAACUUGAUCGGCUGAUCAGCGAGUAAAAGCAGUCCCUUCGGUUGAGCAUUUCGAGCUCAGCGAUCCCAGAUUUCCAUAAUGAUGAACCAGGAUAAUCCAUAUGCGAUGAAUCAGACGUGCAAGGUGUGUGGAGAGCCGGCGGCUGGAUUCCAUUUCGGAGCCUUCACGUGCGAGGGCUGCAAGUCCUUCUUCGGCCGAUCGUACAACAAUCUGUCAUCGAUUUCGGACUGCAAGAACAACGGCGAGUGCAUCAUCAACAAGAAGAACCGCACCGCCUGCAAGGCGUGUCGCCUGAAGAAGUGCCUCAUGGUGGGCAUGUCGAAGAGUGGCUCCCGCUACGGCCGCCGCUCCAACUGGUUCAAGAUCCACUGCCUCCUGCAGGAGCAGCAGCAGCAGGCGGUGGCUGCGAUGGCGGCGCACCACAACAGCCAGCAGGCGGGUGUCGGUGGUGCGGGAGCAGGUGGCUCGGGCGGUGGUCCAGGAAUGCCCAAUGGAAUGGGCAAGGGCAUGUCGGGUGUUCCUCCACCGGCGGCGGCGGCAGCGGCCCUUGGAAUGCUCGGGCAUCCGGGUGGCUAUCCGGGUCUCUAUGCGGUGGCAAAUGCCGGCGGUUCGGUGCGGAGUAAGGAGGAGCUGAUGAUGCUGGGACUGGAGAGCAGCGGGGAGUACGGCUCCCACAAGCAUCCUGUGGUUGCCUCGCCCUCGGUCAGCUCGCCGGAUUCCCAUAACUCCGACAGCUCAGUGGAGGUGAGUUCGGUGCGGGGCAAUCCGCUGCUUCAUUUGGGCGGAAAGUCCAGCUCCUCGAGUGGCGCCGAUGGCAGUCAAUCGGGUGGAGGCAACGGAGGAAGGCCACCACAAAUGCGCAAGGAUUUGUCGCCAUUUCUGCCGCUACCCUUCCCUGGACUCACUUCCAUGCCCGUGAUGCCACCACCUGCGUUCCUGCCCCCCUCGCACCUGCUCUUCCCCGGCUAUCAUCCCGCCUUGUAUUCGCACCACCAGGGUCUGCUGAAACCCACGCCAGAGCAGCAACAACAACAGGCCGCGGUGGCUGCGGCGGCCGUCCAACAUUUGUUCAACUCCAGUGGUGCCGGCCAGCGAUUCGCACCGGGCACUUCACCUUUCGCCAACCACCAGCAGCAGCACCACAAAGAGGAAGACCAGCCCGCAGCGCCCAGAAGUCCAAGUAACCACACAAACAACAACCACCUCUUAACGAACGGUGGUGCCGCCGAUGAGCUAACCAAACGCUUCUAUUUGGACGCUGUGCUCAAGUCCCAGCAGCAAAGUCCACCGCCGACCACAAAACUACCGCCACACUCAAAGCAGGAUUACUCAAUUUCAGCUCUGGUCACACCAAAUUCAGAGAGUGGCCGCGAGCGCGUGAAGAGCGAGCAAAGUAAUGGCCAAAACGAAGAGGAGGAUGAGUCGAGGGUGCCGGAGAUCAUGGAUAAUGCCGAGGAUGAUGAAGAGGAGGAGGAGGAGGAGGAUCUGGUGGUAUCCAUGACGCCACCCCACUCACCCGCUCAACAGGAAGCGGAAACCCCUGCUGAGGAGCUUCCAAAUCCCAGUCCCGGCCAAGAUAAUCCCAUUGAUCUGAGCAUGAAGACCACGGGUAGUUCGCUGAGCAGCAAGAGCAGUAGCCCCGAAAUCAAGGCAGAUCCCGAGAUCUCGAUAUGGAGCGAUAUGGAGAAAAACGAUACGGAAGACGAUGAUGAGGAGGAUCUGGAAGUUACGCCAAAGGAGGAGGAGUUAUCAGACCAGGAGGCACAUGAGGAUCAUGCAGAGGAGGAGGACAACAGUACCACUGAAACAGUAAAGACCAGCAUUGAAAAAACCCACAAUAACAACAACAGUAUCAGCAGCAACAACAAUAACAAUAAUAAUAAUAAUAUCCUAAGUGAUAGCAAGGCCAGUAAAGCGAUCAAAAGGGAACUGGACGAACUCAUAGAAGCCUCCAGUGAGAACGGCAAGCGUCUGAAGUUGGAGGCCCCCGUUAAGGUGGCCACCUCGAAUGCCUUGGAUUUAACCACUAAGGUCUGAAAAGAAAAAAAAAUCCGAAAACAAAAUGACAGUUAUCAGCCACUGAAGAUCGAUUGAGGCAAUAGAAAAUUAGCCCCCCGCCAAGACACCAUCACCACCAAAAACAAGAAGAAAAAACUAAACAAACAAAUACAAAGCAUAUACGAAACAAUAAACGCAUGUGAGUUAUAUAAGAUAAUAUAUAUGAACUCUUUGGGGGCAGAGGCAGAAAAGUUUGACUCUGAUUAACAAGCGCUAAAUACGAGUUCGUGCCGUUUUGGUUAGAUGUUAUCACAUCGUUUAAAACAACUAACCAAAUUGCCAAAAUAUGCAAAAGUCGAGCGGCCCCCGACAAGAGAUAUAUUUGCAUAUUGGGACCGAAAAGUAUAACACAAAUGUUAUCUUUCGAUAAUUUAUGCAGUGAAUUAUAAACAAAUUUUUCGGUAUGCCCACAAAAGCGGCAAGAAUACAAGUUCAGAAACCCAAAAUAAAAAUAUAAGUGAAGAGCUAAACAAAUGAUGAAAUGGAAGAAACUGUAGCAAAAUAUGCAAAAAGGGCAGCUUAUCUGUAUCGCGUAUGCAUAAUAAUAUCGUAGUGGAAUUUGUAAUCCGUAAGUUUCGUUUUCUUCUAAGCUAUAAACCAUAUAUAAAGUAUAAUAUUAAAUGACUAGCUAUUACUUAGACGUUUCCAAUCCCCCCCAAGAGUAUUUGUUAGUUUAAAAAACAUGAUUCGUUCUAUAGAAAUAUUAUAUGUACCGCUGGUAGACAAAUUCUGUGUAAUCUUACUCGCUUUGAGGAUCGCCCGAGUUAUUAGUCACAAUUAGCAAAUUUUAAAUGUACGACAAUCCAUGGAUGUAAAUGUAAAACAAAGUUGUAUAGCAAAUAGCAUAAAUUAUUAAUUAUAACUAUUGCAUAAGUAUUUUUCCUUUUCGUGUGAUGAUUUGGUAUGCAAAUCAGUCGAAAUGAUGAUCGAGAAAAUUAUUAUUGCUGUCACCACAAAUAAAUACAAAUAAAUAUUUAGAU